GGUGGACACAAAUGGUAGGGGGCACUAGACUACAGGGAAUUUCUGGCAGUCUCUCUCCAUCUGCAGAGGAUGGCGAACGACGAGCAUCUCCAGCGGGCCUUCCUGUUCUUCGACAAGGACGGCAACGGUUUCAUCGAGCCCGAGGAGCUUCGAGAGGCUCUGGUGGACGACGGGGCGACCGACAGCAUGGAGAAAGUGGUGGACGACAUACUGCAAGAAGUCGACACCGACAAGGACGGCAAGAUCAGCUACGAGGAAUUUGUGGCGAUGAUGAAGACCGGUACGGACUGGAGAAAGGCGUCCCGGCACUACUCGAGAGGGAGGUUCAACAGCCUCAGCAUGAAGCGCUGGCGUUCACCAGCAUCUGAUGCCUCGCAAGCCCAGCAACUCCAGAAGAUCCUAUCCUGUGGCGCGCUAAUUGACGGCAUGGGGAGCGACUUCGGUUACAAGUAA